CCCAUCCUAGAGGGGGAAACAGGGUGGGGUAGGAGCUGGAGGUUUGUGAGGGAGGGCAACUGAGAGAUCCUCUAUAGGAGAGGGACACAGCAGCUAAGGGACACCUGCCAGGCUGGAGGUGUAGGUUUUCUGGCAGUGAGGGUUGUUACUGAUGUCUCACAGAGCCCUUGGUAGGUAAAGCCCUCCACAGCAUCUCCUAGACCUCACUAUGUUCCUCUUCUCCCGCAAGACCAAGACCCCCAUCAGCACCUACAGUGACUCCUACAGGGCUCCUACCUCUAUCAAGGAGGUCUAUAAAGACCCACCUCUGUGGGCCUGGGAAGCCAACAAGUUUGUGACACCGGGCCUGACUCAGACCAUGCAGCGCCACGUGGAUCCUGAAGCCCUGCAGAAGAUGGUCAAAUGUGCUGUGCAGGACUACAGCUAUAAGGGUUCUAUAUCAGGCCACCCCUACUUUCCUGAAAAAUACUGGCUCUGUCAAGAGGAAGACAAAUGGACCCCAUACUACCUAUGUGGUGACCAGUAUAACACAUGGAGGAUGGGACCUUACAACUGCACCGGCUGGAACAAAUAUACCACAUGCCUUCCCCGGCUACCUAAGGAGGCCGGAAUGGAGACAGCUGUUCGAGGAAUGCCUUUACCGUGCCCUCCUAAGCCAGAACGACUCAACGCCUACGAGCGCGAGGUGGUGGUGAACAUGUUGAACUCGCUGUCACGGAACCAGCCGCUGCCGCAGAUCACGCGCCGGUGCGGGUGUGUGGACCCUCUGCCCGGCCGCCUGCCCUUCCAGGGUUAUGAAAGCCCUUGCUCUGGCCGCCACUACUGUCUGCGUGGGAUGGACUAUUACGUCACGGGAGCACCCUGCGCAGAACGCCGCUUCCGGCCUUUGUGCACAGAAGAGCCGACUGCCCUGUCCUGUCCCGCCCUCCGGCCCCAGGACCUGAACGGACCGCUGAGACCAGAGAACCUGCAUGAAAAUGCCCCCAGGUUCCCGGCCCUAUCCCUUCCAAACUGGGCUCAAGGUCAACCCAGCUCUGGAGGCCCGAAGGAGUGUAUCGCCCUACGAGCACCGGCCCGGAAUGCAAUGUGCUGUUAUAACUCCCCCGCCGUCAUACUACCCUUGUCCGAACCUUAGGUAAGUUCGUCCCAAAUGGCGUUUGGCGCGGAGAGGAACGCUGGGACGAGUUGGGGGUUGGAGGGGGCGGGAAACUGACCGCUGCGACGCACUGACCGGAAGAUGUCACCAGGGGGCGCUAGUGUCAUGGGGGUCAUCAAAGCUGGCAAGGGAAUGGAGGACGCUCCAUGAGAGGGCUCUGAGGUUCUGGCCUUCAAGGGUUACAGGUUGGCAGUGGGGCUCAGAGCCAAGAGAUCAGGGCAUUAGGUUCAGGGAUUAAAAUAGAGGAUAAGAAAUUAAUGUUAGGGAGCCGGUACUGGGAAUCAGAAAUUUAACAGUACAACCUGAGGUCAGAAGGUCAGUGUUGGAGCAUGGGGUAAAUAUAAGGGGCAAAAUAUUGGGAUACAGUUAGAAUUGAGAAUUGGGAUCAGACCUAUGAGGGGGUCCAAAAGGGCUGAC